CCUGUGAUGGAUGAAACAACCGCAGUGAAGAGACUCAGUGGUAAUUCACUUCACUCUUCAUCGCCACCGUCGACCUACAUUCCUUUGAUACAAGAAACAAUCUUGUGUAGACUUCCUGUGAAGUCUCUCUUACGUUUCCGCUGCAUAUGCAAGCCAUGGGAUUCUCUAAUCUCAAAGGAUCUCAAAUUUGCCAAGAAACACCUUCACAUGUCACCCAAACGCCAGCACCUUGUCACAGCCACAUGGAGUAUGGAUCAAGAGUUAACUGCAAUGUCUUGUCCAUUUGACUAUCUUAAUCUCCACUCUAUUUUUUACUACAAAUCCACUCAACUCGAUUACUCUCCCAUCAUUUCAUCAUAUGAUAAGGGUCUCGUUGCAUCUUGCGACGGCAUCCUUUGUUUUGCCAUUGAUGAGCGUCUUGCUGUUCUCUAUAAUCCUUGUAUUAGAAAAGAACAAAAAUUACCCUAUAUAGAUGAUCUUCCAGGUGAAGAAGGUUUAACUCAUUAUGCUUUUGGCUAUGAUCCUUUCAUUGAUAAUUACAAGGUUGUUGCUGUUUUUUGUUAUAGUUUGGGCACUGACUCUUGGAAAAGGAUUGAGGACUUUCCUUCUAUGUUUUGUUUUAGUAAAUUUAGUAGAAUGUCAAAACAUGGAAUAUUCAUGAGAGGGACAGUUAAUUGGUUGACAUAUUCUAAGUUGAACGGUUUGGAAUGUAUUGUUUCUCUUCAUUUAGGGUUGGAAUCUUAUCAAGAAAUAUCACUGCCUGGUCUACCUGAUCUACCUUAUAUUGUUGGAGAUACAAAGAUGUUGACAUUGGAUGUGAUGAGGGAUUGCUUGUGCUUAUUUGAGGUUUCUCAAGAAAUGAGGUCUGAUGCUUUUAUAGAUGUUUGGCUUAUGAAGGAAUACGGAAAUAAAGAGUCUUGGAUUAAAUCGAUUCGUCUCCCUUGCUUUGGUUAUAAACUUAGCUACACGUUUCUCACCGAUGUAGUAUAUAUUUCUGAGGACUUCAACCAUGUUCUGCUUGUCUUAGUAGAGAAUGGUAUAUUCAAGUGGGUUGUUUACGAUUUCAAAUCUGAUAGUAUAAGUUCCAAGAGUUCCAAAAUUCAAGAUAACUUAGGUAGGGUAAAGUCAAAAGUCUACGUUGAAAGUUUGAUAUCACCUUGAUUAUAAUAUUAGGACGAGGAUGAUGUGCUUUGUCACUUGAGUUAAGAUUUGAGAUCAACUUUCUUUUAUGUUUAUGUUUGU